AAUCAAUGACGGACAGCAAUUAUGAGUAUAUAAGUUUAUUGAAGGCCCCGAUUCUAGAACCUCCGCGUGUUUGCCAAAAUCGAUACCUAUUUUCGUCACACGUGCGUACGUGGAGACGUACCGACGUCACAGAACAUCCUGGACCAGUCUUUAUAGACAGAAAACAACAGUCGCGCGUUGUUUACUUGUCUUUAACAAAAAUAUAGUGUGACGUCUGUAGCUGUUUUGAGCAUACGCCUAUAAACGAAUAUCUGUGGAAUCAAAAUGUGCAUUCUGUUUUUCAUAUCAACACAGCAAUAAGAAAAAAUAGAAAAAUAAGUGGUAGGUUUGUGUACAUACCUUUACCAAAAAUACGGUAUGACGUCUGUAGCUGUUUGAAAAAUACGCCAAUAACCAAUAUCUAUGGUGCCGAAAUGUACAUUUGUUUUUCAUAUCAACAAGGCUAUGGAUAUAAUUUAUGGAUUAUUCAUAUUCCACAAAAUCUGUCGCCCUGACAAGAAGGCCAGUCUCUUCAUUUCUUCAGUUCGGUUCUGUGCACCUGAGCCAUGUCCCACUGUCACUGAAGCUAUGUUGUUAACAGAUGAUGAUGAUAUCUCGCCUGAGGUACCGGUGUAGCGGCUGCGGGUAUACCACGCUUCAGAGGAAACGCAUCGGCGACCACGUCGAUGGCCACCGACGCGACGUGGAGAGACAGCGCGCCGGCCAACAGGACGAGGACGCCGAGAAGGAACCCGUCGGCUCGUCGGCCCAACAUGUCCGUAUCCUCAUCCAGAUAGAAGACAAGGAGUCCAAACCGAAGUCUCAACAAGUCAAGCGCAAGCGGAGGUGUUGGACUGAUGAUUUAUUGCAUUUGCUAGACCAAGUGGACGAACCCGAAGUUGGUGAGCAACAAAAAACGUCGCCCGACAACACCGAAUCCCUGCCCGUGAAAGGAGCGGCCGAGCCGCGGGGCAAUGACACAUCGGCGGCUGAGAAUAGCUCAGGAAAAGGUCAAAAGGCUCUGGGGAUGGCGCUAUUUAACCAAUUAUCUAAUUAUGGGGAAUGUUCAGGCCAAGGGGUGGUGAGAAACAGUCCCGCCGAACAGCCUCACCAGUUACAGAAGGGCCCACGGAACGGCCUGCACGUAGACCUGCCGCACUCCCGGACAUGGGCAGAACAGAUACAGGUCGAGAGAAGGGACACCUGCCGAGACGCAACUGUAAGUAACGCUCACCAAUUUACGAACUCAGGCGGCGAUACAACACAAAUCUCGCAUCGUGAUAGUACUGUAACCGUGCCACCCCUGCAGGGAAUGGUAGGUGCCGGUCCGCAAAAGCAAGUAGAGGAUCAAGUUCGGUCACUCGACUCGCAGUGUUGUACAGAAAAGAGCUCGGCACCUUCAAAGGUGAUCCUUACCACCCCACCAAACAACGGAAUGGACGAUGCGACAAGUUUGACAUCCGUAACCGAGGACAGCCGUACUGAAGAGCAAAGUGACGGGACGCCAGUCAUUACGGACGUGUUUUCGAUCUCGGAAUAUCAAGCGACGAUAAAAAAAUUACAACCGGAUAUUUCACGCGGCCUCUCCGAGACUGAGACCCGCCGCCUGAAGCUGUCUCACCUUCACCUGGAAGGGUUGGAGCCCCGCAAGGCCAGCCCUCCUCAGAGGGAGAUCCAGUCCGCCCCGCCAGCCCUGCACACACAAGGCGCGCGUGUCGGCGGUCUAGCCCUCGAACCGGAUCCAACCUGUAGCGUGCCAGUUUCCACCGCUAGUGGCGACGUUUUGGUCGUCAUUCGUCAGACAAACAGCAAGACUUCAAGUGAUCCCCAUGAAAUGCAAGAAUUAGGAGAGACAAUGACUGACUCACAAAACACCCCUUCUAAUGGAGACCAUUAUCGUUCGGGAGGUGCAAAAGACCAGGGGUCACCAGAAAACAUAGGCCCGUCGGUAUACAACGAGCAGCCGGCUACAGAAGCAAGCGUCCCCGCCCAACAAGGGAUCGAUAUGUCGGUUACGUCGUCCAACGCACCACCGCUGACGACGUACGGGAAUGUAGCUUCCUCAACUGCCAAUGGUGGUGCGCCUGGCACCACAAAAUUUCGGACUAUAGCUCCAAAACCAUGUUUUAUAGAUCAGAUUCGCCCGUACUACGUGGGAGAGUCUAGAAUAUUCCGGUGUUUUCAGUGCCCUUUUAUGUGUUUGGAAAAGAAGCUUCUGCUUAUGCACAUGCGGGAAGAACAGUGCUAUUCGGGGCUGGUGAGGAGAGAGAGUGCCAUGGAGGCCCUGAAGGCGCUGAAGGAAGGACACACCGCCAUAGACACGGCACAGCUGCAGGCCAGUAACGAGACGUGUCACGGGGGGACCCCGAUCAUCGCGGCCGACAAAUCAGUGCCCUCACCUGCCGCGAACAUAGAGGUGUCAUCGGACGAUGGCACUCCGGAGGAAGACACAAACACAGCGCUGUCCGUGGUGCCUAUACCACCUGACAAUAACAACGUGAAAGCGGACGGAUCUCCAGAAAGUAUUGCGAAAGCGCCCGUGGAGAAAAUCGUCGGACCCGCAGACGACCUUAUCCCCAUCGGCACGACAUUUCCAACAGAAGUCAAAUUUCCGGCAUUCAAGCGACCAAUCACGAUCCGGAACCAGCAACAGGCCGACAAACUUCGGGAGAUUCUGCAACACGAGCACCUGAAAGCCAGGUUCAUGCAAAUGCUCAAGGUGAGGCUAAAAAGGGCUCUGACGGUGGUGAAUAGCAAAACACUGGGAGGGAAAGGCGUUGAGAGCAAUGGGGAUGAAAAAUCACAGACGAAUGUCCAGGGUGCGAAUGUCACGACAGGUUCGCGUUGCAACACACACGCGAAGGUGAGCAGUAGUCCUGCCCUGUCACCCAUACCGGAGGUCAGCAUCAAGAAAGAACCAGCGCUUGGUUCUUGUUGCAGCCACGAGCCGCAAAAAGUUACACCGGUACCAGCGACGCCAAGCAAAAGCGUGCGGGGCAGGCAAACGUCGACUGCUGAGCGACAACCAGAAAGUAUUGAGCCGCCGAAAGCGAACUCCAUUACCCAGGCCAGUCAGAAAAGAAAGUCGCCGGUGCAAGAGGAUCACAUUGUCUAUGUUGGACAAGACUGUGGAGUUCAGCGCGCUAGAACCACCACCAUGAUCAUGACAGAACCACCACAGAUCUCAGCCACAGACAAACUACAGAGCGCUGUAGUAGAGGCCUUGAGGGAGAAACUUUUGGAAAAACAGCACACCUCCCCUACCAACAGAGCAAUGCCUGGCACCACACCAAGCAAUAUCGGCCAGCUACCCGUAACAGUGGGGCCGCUGGCACCUUCACCGUUAGACCAGCUGACAAGGCUCACCCAUGAACCCUACCUUGUCAACAAGUCUCAAAAUAACGCAAUACUGACAGGAGGGUCUACUACAGCGGUCAGUGUCAGCCACAAGCGGUCUGUUGCGAUGCCACGUACCGCUACAGUAAGUCCAGAACACCGACACGCUGCCAAAAGGGGGGGCCACCCCGACGUUGUGGAGUGUUCCCCGCCAAAAUAUCAAGCCCUACAGCAAAACAUUUCCUUCGGAGACUUUCAGCACCUCGUGCGCCGCCACCCGGGGGAGGGCGGUAACUUCGCCGCCGUAAGAACGAACGUGAUUUACGCGCCACAGCCCCAGGGAGUAGACCCAAGGAUACCGCUGCGCCCAUUGGUCGGCCCUAUAGCUAACACUCAAAACUACAGUGUUGCCACAGCUAUUCCACAGAAUCCUUCAGCACACACAGGAAAAUACCCAUUCCAACAACAGCUAGAGAAAAUCAAGGAUACGGCUGACCAAUCCAUGGCAUACAAGUACUGCAAUGGAACCACACACCAAAACGACCAUGUGCUGCAUACAAUUGGGCCAACUAGGGCCUGGCCGCCCAGCAGAAGCCCUAUGAACACCACUUCGCCGUUAGACUUUCAGACAGAGGCCGCCAGCAAACAUCCAGCCUACCGUCUCGGACCACCACCACAACUACAUAACGGAACCCCGCCAUUUAAUCCGCCAUUUAUGACACAAGGAACCGGUAACGGAUACGCGCAGAUCAGCCGCCAAGAUACAGAGACCAAGCGAGACGACACCAGUCCAGAACCGAUGGACCUACGGGUGAAGAAGCGUAGGCCAUCGCCACCGCCUCUGAUCCGGAUAAAACCGUCUUAUCAUCCGCCGACAACCGUCACACCAUCAGCGGUCGGACCUCCCUGUCACAACGGCUGGACCAGGCGGGACGACCGGCUCGCGUUCAACGGGGAACCCAAGUCACACAUCAACUCUCGCGAGAGGUUGGCCGUUCUUCUGAACGAGAUCGAAACGUCUGUUCGCAGUGACUAUGCCGCGCAGAGGAGAACAUUUCCGUGAGACCAAAUAUCUGCAGACGACGUGACGUUAGCUUUUACGCACUUUUUGUGAGUCAAGGAAAGACAGUCAAGCCGCUCUUUGAUAAGACAUUUGAUAUACAGCGGACAAUUGGACGUUUAAUCAAGGUAUGACAAGCAUAUUCCUAUGUGAACUAAAUUUAAUAUAAUAAUAAUAAUAUCAAGGUGUGGGCAAAAAUGCAAACUUAAAAAGCUUACAACCUAAGAAUUAUUUCAGUAAAGAUGUGUCUGUCUUGCCACACCAAUUGUUCAAAUUGAUGUGACUGCUUUUAUUGUUUUUGGAAAGAUGAAAGAUAGUAGAAUGAUUAAAAAGCUGAUUCAAGUAUGAAUGAAUAACUUGUGUAAUGAUCAUGACUUAUUAUGUUAGCUACAUAUAAUACUAGAAUGUAAUUUUAACUUCAUUCAUUCAUGUAUUGUUAUUUUAUUUAAAGUGCAACCUUCAAUUAUUCCUAAACGAUCGUAAUGCAUUAUGCAAUUGACAAGUGUGUUUGAGGCAACAACCUCAACACAUAUACUUAUAAUCAAUUCUACAAGUUUAGGUACACAUCUGUAAACUAUUGUAAACUUUGUCUCAGCUAAUUUCAAAGUAAAUUAAUUUUGAUGGAUUGUGAUUUUUUUCGGCAUACAGAAAAGUCUUUGUAUCAUUAUGCUUUAGGAACAACUUUAAGAAUAGGUAGGGAUUUCUUUUAUUAAGGUAACAUUAUUGGCAGAUAAUAUGACACAUUUUCAUGGAUUUUAGGUAAAUGUAGAAUUGUACCAAUAUAUUGAAGAAAUUCAGAUUUUUUAGCCAUUAGUCAGUUAUAUAUAGGUUUGCUUUUAUACUUAUUUGCCUGGUACAUUCCAAUGCCAUGGAUUGCCACAUUUUGUCUGAUGAACCAUAAAGUUAGGACUGGCACCUAGUUUUGGUAGCCCUGUUUUAAACAUAAUAUAACCAGAAUUUCAGAAGUGCUGUUGUAGAUAUAAACCUUUGCCACUUAAGACUGUUGCAGUUAUAUUAUAUCUAUCCGGAAUUUUCAGACCUUGUUUUUGUAGUCUUAUCUAGAAAUGGAGAUUUUCAUGAAUUAACCUCCUGACUUAUAUUAUACCUUGAGACGUAAGUUUACUACUGUCUCUGUUUCUGUUGUUGUCAUGUCAACUUCGCUAUUUGUUCUGGUGGUGAAAGGAAUAAAAUACUUC